CCGGGCUCCGCCUGCACGGCCGCCCCGCGGCAGCCAUCCUCGCGGCUGCCAAGCGGCAAAGCCCACGGCAUCUGCCACUUGUCACUCAACCCGUCGGCGCCGCCCCGAGCCUUGAUUUAGGCGCGGCCGGGCGGAUUCUGGCCUCACUCUCCUGCUGGACGGACGGACGGCCACACGGACGGGGCGGCUCUCCUCGGCUCGGGGCGGCUCUCCUCCUCUCGGCUCGGCUCGGCUCAGCGGGCAUCGGCGCGGCACUUCCCCGGGUUUGCCGUCAUGGCCGCAGUGGCGACACGCCUGAGCUGCCUCGCCUGAGUUCCGCGGACUCUCGACCCCGAAGGUUUUACAACAGAGUGUGUCCAGGUGUGGCCAUUUCAUUUAUCCUGGAUUGAUUGUGUUUCCUGUGUCUAAGGUUGUUCCUGCCUGAUUGAUAACAUAGUCAUCAUUGGCUUUUGGUUGCUCUACAUUUGAUGUGGCCUCUGUUUCGCAUCUAAAACUCCUCUGUACGUCAGACUUAGCAAGGUAUUUGCAUAGGAGUCCGAGGAGUUAAUCCUUUGGCGCCCGUGGCUGAAAUCUGUAAUUUUGGAAGAGGAGCAGCUGCGUGGAGCCCCUGCUCUAGAACAGGUGACCUUCUGGGCGCACUGCGAGACUUCGAGGUGAGAGUUUUUCUUCUACUUGCAGAAAGCAGGGGAAGAUUUCAGGGUUUUUCUAAUCCAGUUGUAAGUAGGACAAAGGAUAAAUACUUAAAGGUCUUCUUGGGCAAGAUUAUAUGAAAUACUGAAAAUCUUCUAAGUUGCAACAUUGUGAACUUUAUGACACUGUUUAAAUAUAUCAGAUGACCCACAUGUUUUAAGGCUUUUGCCAUGUGGUAUUUCUGAGAUAUUUCAAAGUUAAGGGUGGUAGAUCAAUUGAGGCAUUGAGGGUUUUAAAGUUUAAAAUUGAUUGAUCCUUUGUUAAAAUGCAUGGAAAAUGUUAAAAAGCAGUAGAACAUGUCCUCUGCACGUCAUCAGUUGAGUGUGUGGGCUCUCAAAGGGAGGCUCCCGUGGCCGGGGUGGGGGAAUGUUUUCCCAGCUUCAUUCACUGACGACCUGCGAGAUCUCUCCUCACAGGUGUGACUCCUCACACACUUCUGAGAGGACUUCCCGACUGCCUGAACGCUGACACCAGCAGAUUACCUUUCUACUCCUGGAAUCUCAUCUGUGCCCAGACUUUCCCCUCUGAGCCUGAGACUGCACACACACUAGGCUGUGGGACAGCAGGAAGCAGAGCUAGUGGCUCCCGAGACCCAGCAUUUGGUCAGCGCAUCUGAAAAGGAAGGUGUGAGAAGCAAAACCAUGGCUGCCUACCUUUGCCAGGUCUGUGGCCAGACGUUCCUCACCCUGGAGAAGUUCACUAUCCACAGUUUCACUCACUCCAAGGAGCGGCCUUUCAAGUGCUUGCACCCCGAGUGUGGCAAAGCUUUUGUUUCCAGAUAUAAACUGAUGAGACACAUGGCUACCCACUCACCCCAGAAGUCUCACCAGUGUGCUCAAUGUGAGAAGACGUUCAACCGGAAAGACCACCUGAAGAACCACCUCCAGACCCAUGACCCCAACAAGGUGUCCUUCGUGUGUGAGCAGUGUGGGAAGAAGUACCACACCAUGCUGGGCUACAAGAGGCACCUGGCCCUCCACAAGGCCAACAGCGGCGACCUCACCUGUGGGGUGUGCGCCCUGGUGCUCAGGAGCACAGAGGUGCUGCUAGUCCACCUCAAAUCCCACGCCGAAGACAAGCCCCACGGAAACAAGCAGAAGAAGCACCGGUGCGACCACUGCGAGAGAUUGUUCUACACCCGGAAAGACGUGCGGCGCCACAUGGUGGUCCACACAGGCUGCAAGGACUUCCUGUGCCAGUUUUGUGCCCAGAGAUUUGGGCGCAAAGACCACCUCACACGCCAUACCAAGAAGACACACUUACAGGAGCUGAUGAAAGAGAGUUUGCAGGCUGGAGAUUUCCUGAACGCCUUCCACACUCUCUCUCCUCAGUUUCAGCUGAAGGCGGCCACCCUGGCUCCUUACGCUCUAGGAGCUUCUGUGCAGAAUGGGCUCGCCAGCGGCUUGCCCCCUGAGGUGCACACCCUCAAUCCCAUAGAGCCACCCUGCCAGCCUGUACCGCCGCUGCCAGAGCCCCUGAUCCCCCUGCCUCCCAUGGCACCUCCCAGCUCUCCCCCUCAGCCCCUCCAGAAUCACAAGUACACCACUGCUACCUCCUAUCCCCCACUUGCAAACCUGCCGCUCAAAGCAGAUACUAAAGGGUUUUGCAACAUCAAUUUGCUCGAGGAAUUGCCUCUGCAAGAGCCUCAGUCACCUCACAGGCUCAACCCAGGUUUUGAUCUGGCUAAGGGUGGUGCUGGUAAAGUAAACCUGCCCAGAGAGCUACCCAUAGAUGCUGUGAACAUAACCAUACCUGCCUCUCUGGAAAUUUCGCCCCUGUUGGGCUUCUGGCAGCUGCCCCCUCCUCCUACCCAAAAUGCCUUUGGGAACGGCACCCUUGCCCUGGGGCCUGGGGAGCCCCUGCCCCACAGGCUCGGCUGCCUGGGGCAGCAGCAGCAAGAGCCCUCACUGGCCAUGAGUGCCAUGAGCCUGGGCCAGCUCCACCUUCCACCCCUCCCCCAUGUUUUCCCAGCAGGCACCGGCACUGCCAUCCUGCCUCAUUUCCAUCAUGCAUUCAGAUAAGUGGCUUAUAAAGCAUACUUAUUCUGGAAGAGGUUUUAAGGAGCAUUUUAAGGUUUUAAGGAGCAUUUUAAGGUUUUAAGGAGCAUUUUAAAGUUUUAUGAAGCAUUUUAAAUGUCAGUUGUAAUACAAGGAAAGAUUUGGAAAGCAGGACUGGGAAUAUGGCUUACUCAGUUAUGACUGGCUUGAGAUAAGAGUUCUAGAACUGCAUGCAUCGUGCCAAUCUGUCCUGAGUGUUCAUGAUUUGCUCAUGCUUUGUACCAAAUGUAAUAAGCAAGUAUUCUUUAAUGGAACUGCAACUAUCUAUUGUCAUAACCGACAUCCAGACGAGGGCUGCUAUAUAUAGUUGUCAAAUUGAGUUUAAUCGUAAGCCAUGAUCAUAAUCAUGUUAGCUAAAUAACUUUAUGUAGCACAGCCUAAGGAGGGAACUAUGGGAAGGUUUGAAUUUCUCCAAAAUGGGAGAUUUUUUUCUUUUUAAGUACAACAAUAACCUUUAUAUUGCAUAUUAUAAGUAGGCUUUGUAUUUUUUUCCCCCGGAUUCUUCUACUUUUAGUUGGAUGUAGUGUAGUUACUAUUGCAUAGCCAACCUUAGUUUUACAGAAACAAUUUCUUGUGGAAUAAUAGAUGUUUCCAUUUUAAACAAGCAUUUUAAAUGUAGUUUGAAUAUUUUCCACAAGAUGCUACAAUGUGAGUUAUCACUUCAUUUAUCUUAAAGACUAAACUGGUUGUCAGUUACAUCUGACAGAAAAAAAAAAUCACUGUGUAACCAGGUUAAGUGAUAAAAUAAUCCAAAUGUCAGUCAAAAAUAGUAUUUUGCUGACUUUAAUAUUGAUUAUAUUUUAACAGGAAUUUUAAGAAAUAUUACUGGAAUUUUAAAAUAUAUAUAUAUUAAACAAGAUUUUUUUUCUUUGCUUUGUCUGGCUUAAAGUACUACUCUGCUUAUGUAUAUUUUAAUCACCAACAAAUAGAUGCAUUUUAAAAUUUAUCAUGUAAUUCAAUAUUAGUUUUACUCAGAAUACCAUUUUGCAAUGUAACUGUAACUGUAAUCUCGAAUUUGUAUCUAAUGAGUUUUAAGAAUAUGAAACCUAACCUUUUUUUAAAACUCCUUUGUCUUUUGUCUUUAGAGGCAUUCUAUGUGGAAAUAUAUCUUACAUAUAAUAAACUCUGCAAAUUCUGA